GCACGCUCUUUCGUGAAGUAUACAUUGCAAAUUGAAAAAUAUGCCGACUUCCUGAGGCGCCAUAGGCGAAUCUUCCUUUCCUAGCGCAUCCAUUGACCAUGCCGUUUAUUGCAAUGGCGGUAUAGAUAUUCCACAAAGAAGAAAGUGGAUCUUUCUCUAAAGAUGAUUACCAUUUGAGUGGGCAAGGUCUAGUUGUACUUUUAUAUAGACUACAGAAUUCAGUUUCUUCCAUAUUGAUCAGUGUAUCAGCCAAUAUACUAUAAUCAUAUUCUCGAAAAGCAACAAAAUCUACAUACCAAUAAUAAUUAUUUCUCCAAGAUUUGACCACCUUAUAAGAAUAGGACAUCGAAGAAUUCGCGGUAAUCGUUCCCGACAUCUUAGGUGGUAUUUGGUAUUUUAUUAUCUGAAUGGACAAUAAGGUGGAUGUCUCAGAAGUAGAAGAUAUUUCAAUGAUCGGAUCGUCUGAAAUUUUUUACCUGCCUGAGGUUGCAGAGAUAUCAGAGGUGUUAGAUUCCACUGGCCUUAGUCCGUUAACAUCUUCUUUAGAUCAUACUCUUACUCUUCAAGAGGAUAAAUUACUUUCAUCUGAAGUUAACAUGGGCAUAGAAGACACAUGGACCGAAGCAAAUAGUUCUACGUCAGAUUAUGCCAUUCCACUUCCACCACCACCUGGUUUAAAUGAUUUUACAGAUGUCGGUGCAGAUCCUAUCAGUGAUAGUGGAACUGGCAUAGAGCAUGGUCCAUUUUUACCUCCUGGUACUCCAGCCCUAAAUAAUUUGUUUUCAGAAGGUGGAGAUUCUCAAGAUGAUUCUCCAAUGGAAGAUGUAGUUUUACGCGCUGGAGUGUGCGGUCUUCGUAAUUUGGGUAACACUUGCUUUAUGGCUGCUGGUUUGCAAUGUUUAACUGCAACCCCACCUGUCCUGCGACAUUUUUUAGACUUGCAGCAAAAAGGGGAGAAACUACCUCCUCCUGGUUCAUUGAUGGCACACUUCAGUGUACUACUUGGCAAAAUGUGGUCCGGUAGAUACAGCGUACUAAGGCCAACCGAGUUUAAGCAAACUUUAGGGGCAUAUCACUCGCAAUUUAAAGAUUAUAGACAGCAUGAUUGUCAAGAAUUUCUUGCGCUUUUAUUGGAUUCUUUACACGAACAAAUGAAUACAGCAAAAUAUACAAAAAAUUGUCAAACUCCAUCGUCUACAACCACUGCCAAUUCGAUUAAUUCAAUUGAAAAUUCAAAUGGGAAAACUGUGUCCUCAGUCACUGCCAAUAGCAAUUCGAAUUGUAACACAGAUCUGUUAGAAAUGUAUGAUUGCUUACCAUCGCCAGAAUGUCCAAAUAGUCCGAAUGUUACAAUGGCUGGUUCACCAAGAGAUUUAGGUUCACCGAUCGGUGAAAUAGAUAGUAUUAUGAAUUCGCCACGAGAGUCACCUUUGAACGAUGGCGAUGAGGAUGAAGAAACACUUGAUUCUGACGAAGUCAUCGAAGAGAAAACAAACACUUUUAUCCAUAAUAAAGUUGAUGAAAAGGAAAGCGAAGUAUCGCCCUCUUUAAGGCUGGAUACUCUAAUCGAACUUUCGAAAAACGUUCCGAAGUAUCAUGGUCUUUAUGAUAUUCAUAAAGAAGCGAAAACUAGUAACGCAAAUUUCUUAGUGACACAACAAGAAUGUAACAACGAGAUUCACUAUGAUUCCCAAAAAUUUCCGAAAGAGAAUGUCCGACGUAUGCCUUUGGACAAUUCAAAUUUAAUGGAGAAUCAUGAUUUUGACAAUAAAAGUAUUAGCGUCAAAAGAAUAAAAGAAGUUAACAUUCAAAAGGUCAAUUGUGGUGUGGAUUACGUAUCGAGCGGUUCUGACAUAGAAUAUGAUAAUGGUUUAGAAAAAUGUAACGUAAAACGUAUGAGGCUCGACGAUCAAGAGAAAAAUCAUAAACGCGACGGUCAGGGAAGUAUUAGUUCACAAUGUACAAGAAUUUCACAGAGUUUUGGAAAUGGCGCUAUUGCAGCGCAAGAUGAAAUUGAGGCAGAUAAACAUUGGGCGAAGCAUUUGAGGUCUAAUAGGAGUAUUAUUGUCGAUACUUUUCAGGGUCAGUUUAAAAGCAAGGUUGUUUGCGCGGUUUGCAAACACGUUUCCGUUACCUACGAACCUUUUAUGUAUUUAUCAGUGCCGUUACCUCACGCAAUGGAGAGGCAAUUAAACGUUACGUAUGUUCCUGCGAACGGUGAUCAACCUAUAAGGUGCGUUGUUUCAUUAAACAAGCAGUCGCGCAUUGGAAAAUUAAAGGAGGAGUUGUUAAAAAUACUUGGCAAAGAAAACAUUGCAAUAGCAAACAUUGCACUUGCUGAAGUUUUAGAAAAUCAUAUAUCAAAGAUUUUGGAUGACAAUACACUGUUGAGACACAUCAAUGAUACGAAUCGAUCUAUAUACGCCUUUGAACUCACGGAACCUCCUGACGCGUACACUUCAGUGCCAGACGGUGGUGGAGAUCGUGUAAUGGACACCGAUAACUGUCAGAAAUGUGCAGUUACCGGAGAGGAAAUCCAGUGCAUGAUUUGUCUCGAGGAAUUGGAUGGAGGUUUAAAGAGGCACAGCGGGAACAGCUGCAACUUUGUUAUAUGUGAUACUUGUAUCGAGAAUUACUUCAAGAAUCAAACGGAACCUCAAAUGUGUUCGGUGUGUUCAACGUACAUGACCGCAUCGUCCUUUGUUAAAAUAGAUCAAACUGGUCGACCUGCGAUUAGGAUUUUAAAUGUUCCAUUGGUUUUGCGACAGGAUACGACUAACGAAACGACGAACAAUCGUAAAGGAACAAAACUGUUCGGUUAUCCACAUUUAGUAAAAUUACCUUCAAGAGUAAACGCUAAAGACUUAUACGAUAUUGUAAAAAGAAACGUACCGCAAGAAGGAAAUUACACCCUUCAUUUUGUUACGGGACAGGGUCAUCAUUGUUCUCGUUGUAUAUAUACCGCACACUGUACGGGCUGUAGCGUACCCGAAUCAGGCGUGGUAAUCUUGCAUACUGGUGAUACUUUAGCUGUGCGUUAUACGGAACACGUUCCUAAAAUUGCACCUCCCAUUGAUCACAUCAGCGUUAGUAAACAGAGGCCUCAUCAUCCUCUGUCUUUGUACGACUGUCUUCAGGCAUUUAGUCAGAGCGAAACGUUAGAUGAACAUAAUCCUUGGUUUUGUCCAAAGUGCGAGCGAAAUCAAUGUGCUACAAAAACACUCACGGUUCAUAGAUAUCCCAAGUUCCUCAUAGUAUAUUUGAAACGAUUUGUGUUUUAUGAAUGUGCUAGCAUGAAAUUAGACGAUAAAGUAACAUUCCCUUUGGUUGGUCUGAGCGUAGGUCAGCACUUGUACGAUUUGUAUGCGUGCGUUUGUCAUUUUGGAGGUGUAUCAGCUGGACACUACACGGCGUACGCGAAAAAUCCUCGCACCGACGUGUGGUAUUACUACAAUGAUGAGAUUACAAGCAGACAAAAACCUCAGGACGAAGAUUUUAGCAACGCUUAUAUACUUUUUUACAGUCGGCAAGGGACCAAUUUAAAACCGUGUAAUAUAUAACCAGUACUAAAACAAAGAAGUUGGCGAACAGGUGAUACCAGUGACCCAGAAAGAUCAAAUAAUCGAACAAGGUGCAGGGAGUCAACGGAGAGAUUUUCACAGUGUUGUGUUUGUAUGUUGAUCGAACUACAUCAGACUGUACGUGGGGGGAACUGCUCACAAAUCUCAUCAUCUAUUUUUCUUAAUAAUCCGCUCGUGGUCUAUCUCUAUUUCUUCCUUAUAUUUUCUGAUUCCUUUCUAUUUUUUCAAUUUCCAAUAAACAUUCUAUAGGUGGUGCAGCGUGCGUGGUACGCGCGUGUAAAUUUCGUUGACUGUCGAAAUAACAAUUACGAAUGAAAACCGUUUUCUACGGAAGAUGCAUUAUUCUUCCGUAAUUAGAUCGUCGAUGACGUUCAAUGUGAACAAAAAAGUAAAAAAAAAAAAAAA